AUGAUAUCUAUUUUUAAUGCCAUUAGAUUUAUUAGUGUCUUUUGUAUCCUUUUUGAAAUGGAAAACGAUAAGCAUGGUGUGUUUGACCAAGAAACGGGGAAAAAUAAUCAAGAGAAAGGACAACUGAAUUUAGAAUUAAAUGUGCAGUCACCAUCUGAAACUAUGCUUGAAAGAUUGAAGGAGAUAAGAAAGUGGCAGGAGAAACAUAGGGAGAAACUUGCUCAAGUCCAAGCCUUCAAUCUUGAAUCACCACCUCUCACCUCUAGAAAUACCCAGACUGCAGUGCCAACCAUUAACAGUGAUUUUUCAUCUCAAACAACAAAGGAUUCUGUGUAUUUUCACCCUGAAAACACAUUUGAGAAUAGAAAUGUGUGUAAUUUGGCACUAAGCAAAUUUCAAGAAUCGGAAAGAGUUUCAACCUCGGGGACUGAGGAUGAGAGAGAGGGGGAGAUCACCCACCUAGAGAGAGGGGGAUGCUUGAAAAAGUGCAAUGCAAGACCUUUCUUUUCACAGGAUGCAAUCAAUUUCUGCAAAAGUACUGCAUUUAUUGAUGAAGCAUUAACAACAUGGCCCCCACGUAAGAACACAACUGAUUGCGUUUCUUUAACAUCUCCAGAAUGCUCGUUAAAUAGAGAUACAUUAGAAGAAUGUGAAACAAAAUCUGUUGAGGAAUAUCAAGAACAAGUUGAUCUGAGGAGUCAAAUUAGUAACAUCAUUAAUGUAAAAGAUAUUACUCCAGCUAGUAAUAUGAACACUAUGUCAAAUAAUGAGAGUACAAAAACACAAAUUGCAAGUGCUCAUUCCAAUAAUUCUGACCAAAUUUUAGAAGAAAGACAAGAAAGUGCCGUUUAUCAUUCUGAAAAAUACAAAUCUAAUGCUGAACAAAAAUUUGCCUUUUUAAGGGGCAUUUCUGAAAAAACUGUGUCCAAAUUUCUCUCUCCUGCUAGAAACCCUGUCAGCAAUAUUGCUGAGGAAUAUGAUGAUAAACCAAAGCCAAAGCAUAAGUACCUGAGGAAAGGUGAGGGAACAGCAAGAUUUGGCAUGAAGUCAAUGCAGCUGAAAAAAUCAUAUUCUUCAGCAAAUUCUAACAAUUCUGAUACAAUAAAUACGGUUAAAAGACAGGAAUUAAAAAUCAUUAGUAAUCCUGACUCUACAAAUGUCAAAACAUCUAUUACUGAUAAUUCUGCACAGGGAAAAAAUAUAAGAAAAACAACCAAAAGACCAAUAAACUGUCUUCAGCUAAAGAUACCCCCAGAUAUGACGACCAAUAAAUUUGUGAAUGAGGUGGAUAGUAUAGCUUGUAUGGCCUUAUCAAAUGAAAAAUGGCAGAAGUGUGAUAAAGAAUUUGAACUUGUUCAGCUUUGUCCAGAAACCCAUCCAAAUCCAUCAGUCUCAAAUGUAGAACUUUAUAAUCAGAGUUUAAAAGAAAGGGAAGAAUUAUCUGCAUUUGAGAAAUUAGAGGAACUGGCAGCAGAUUCAAGUUUCUCCUCCAACUCGUCGACGGUACUGCAACUGCUGCAGCGCGGACUACAUUCAAUGGCAUCUACCCCUUUGCAUUCAACACCACCUGUAACAUCUCAAGAGAGACUAAACUGCAAUGAUGGAGAAAUGGCCCCAAAGAAAUGUUUGUUUGAACCCAAUACUACUAAUCUUAAUUUGCUUGACAGAUUGUUGAAAUCUUCUAAGGACUAUGAAGAGUUUUCCUCACAUAUACUACAACAGAAAGAAUUAAAUAUAAGUCAGGUUCUCGAACAACUAAGGGCUAUUAUCGAAUUAGAGGAGCACGAUGUGUCAGAAGCUGAAAUCGAAUCAUUUUUUGAAAGCUUUGGUGAUCAACAUGCAUCUAUAUCUCAUGCCGCAGCAUCACGCUUUGCAUGCAGUGUUUCUCAUGCAAACACUAAUGCCACCAGUACUCCAGCUCUUUCACAAGAUGUCUUUCUUCCUAAGCCACAUGUGCACUUCAGGAAUGAGGGAGUAGAAGUAUUAGAAUAUGAACUUUCAGAAGCUGAUGAAGACACUUUGACUGAUGCACCCACUUUAACUGAAGAGGACAGUGAUCUUGCCACAACGUUAGACAUGGAAGCUUUAGCACAUCUUAACCUUCAUGAACCAUUAAUACCUCACUCAAAAAUGGCUGUUACAUCUGUGAACAAGGAAACUGAAGAGUGUAGCACAGAUAAGUCUUGCAAGAGUUCUGCAUCGAGUAAGCUUCUUACCAAUGAUCCAAGACAAGAAGCGGGCUUACAACCUGCUGUAUUGCAUUUCUCUCCUCCACAGCAAAAACAAAACAGUGCAUCAAACUAUAUAUGGUCUAUAUUUGGCAAGGAUAGAUAUUCAAAAAGGCAUUCAGACCAAAAGAAAGUCUCAAACAACAGUGAACGUGUUCACGAUAGUUACAGAAAUGAAGCAGUGCAUAAACAGACUGGAAAGGCUACAGCAGGUCCAAAUAUACAGGAAGAGCAACAUUCUACCACUGAUGAAAUUGAAACUUAUAAGACUCUGCUAUUGGCUAAGAUUUGUGAACUAGAAAAAGAAACUAAGAUAUUUAAAAAGGAAACUUCAAAACUGCAAAAGCUCCAGGAGUUGGCAGUAGAUGAAAAGAAACAGCUGACAGAAGAGAGACAUAAAUUACAAGAGGAAAUUACGAGAGAGAAAAAGAAAUUUAGGGAAUACAUUGAUAAUGAGCGAAAUGCAGUUUGGAAAGAAAAACAAGGGCUUAAACAUCUAUCUCCGUCCAUAACAAUGGCUAACCAGAAUUCACUGGAAAUAGUUUAUUUAAAAGAACAAAUUCAAGAUUUACAAGACAAUGGAAAAAAGAAAGAGUCCUUGCAUCAGUAUACUGUUAAAAAAUUAAAUGAAAAGAUAAAGAACUUAGAAGUCGAAAAUAAUCAACUGAAAGAGAAAAUGUUACAAUUUCAGAGUUUGGGGAAAGAAAACUUGCAACUUAAGCAUGAACUUGACCGAAUAAAACUAACUGGAAAAAAAGUUAUUGUAAAUAAAGCGGGAAAUACAGCAAGAGAAAACCCAAGACCAAAGGCAAAAGCUGCAACAGUUAAUAGUGUUACCAGAUCAUUGGACAAACUAGCUAAGAUAGAAGGAAAAGGCAUUGGGGCCAGUAACGAGGAGAAAUGCGAGCCUAGUACGUUGAGCACAACACAUGGUAAAGGUGGUCAAGACACUGGUAACCAGGAAACCAACUUAGUCUUUCAAUCCCCUCUAGUUGAUGAACAACUUCAGAUUAAUUUAGGUGAGGCCUGUCAGCAUCACAAAGAUAUGAGACAAGUUAACCUGCCUACAGGAAGUCUUCAAAUGACUCAAAAUACUACUGUCCCUCUUGAUGAUAAGAAUUCUGAGUUUACAGAGUCAUUUAGAGAUGAUGGAACAAAAGAAAUUGUUUAUGCAAAUGGUAAUAAAAAGGAAAUUUAUUUAAAUGGAUUAGUAGUUGUUAGUUACUAUAAUGGAGAUAGAAAAGAGAUACACCAAGAUAGAACAGUUUAUAUAUAUGGAACUGAUCACACAAGUCAUACAACCUUCAAUGAUGGAAAGGAAGUGUUAGUAUUUCCCAGCGGUCAGAAAGAAACCCGCCUUCCAGAUGGCUCUUCAGAGAUUAUUUUUACAGAUAACUCUCGAAAAAUUAUUUCUCAAGACGGUAUCGAAAUGUGCAUUAUGAAAGAUGGUACUGUUGUUCGCUCAAACCCAGAUGGCAGCAAAGUAUUUGAAUUUGUUAAUGGCCAGAGAGAAAUUCACACCCUUUUAGAAAAACGGCGAGAGUACCCGGAUGGAACGGUCAAGAUUGUGCACCGGGAUGGAAGGACAGAAACUCGUUAUAAAACAGGACGAACCCGCAUAAGAGACUCUCAGGGUAACAUUAUUCUAGACUCCCACCAUGGAUUGUAAAAACCACGAGAAAACAACAUGCUUUAAAAUAUGUUGACUAGACCACACACUAGAAGGUGAAGGGACAACGACGUUUCGGUCCAUCCUGGACCAUUCUCAAGUCGAUUGUCAUCGUCCCUUCACCUUCUAGUGUGUGGUCUGGUCAACAUACUUCAGCCACGUUAUUGUGACUCAUCGCCUGCAUGCUUUAAAAUAUAUUACUGUACUAUUAAUUUUUAUAUUUUAUUUUUUCUAAUGCCACAGUUUGUUAAUUGCACUUACAUUUACAGGAAGUUUAUUAUUUUUAACCCUAAAGUUUGUGAAAGAUCUCCAAAUUGGUUAUUAUACUUUCUUAAAUAUAGAGAAAAAAGUUUUCAUUAUACUUCUCUGUAAUAGUACACUAAUGUGCAAUUACUGUACUGUAUAUGACAUAUGUAUAAUUCAUAAUAAGCACGGUUUGAUGGACCUAGUGAGUACUUCCUUAAUACGCACUCAUUCUGAUACAUUCAGUAAAUGGUUCUCUUGUAGCAGCACACCAUCCUCCACCAUAUUUUGUGGAAACGAGUUUUGAAUUUUAAAUGUUUUAUGUGAAAGAACCUUGCCUAUAUAUAUAUAACAUUAAAUGUUUCCUUUUAUAUUCACACACUUCCCAUAACUUACUUAAAUAACAAAUAUUUGAACAUUUUCCUUGCUCUGAAUUAUGAAUAAGAGUUAUAUACCCUGCACAGUACUUUAUAUUGGUGUGUGUAGUUCUUGGUGGGCUUCCUUGAUGUUAUUACAAGCUGUAAAGGGAGUGAAAUGUCAGAAUAUUGCCCCUAAAAUACAGAUAUAAAAAUUGACGCCCUUCCUGUGAACCCUCCCCCCCUCGAAAAAAAAAUUUGUCUUUGUUUUAUCUUGUGAAAUUGUACGUCUGUAUUCAAAAUAUAGUGAAGAUCAUUGUGUUUACCUAGAUAAGUCAUUAUCAUUUGUUGAUGAGGAACCUAGGAACUGAAGUCUGUCUGACUCCGAAUUAUUUUAUGGCCUUCCAUGACUACUGGAAGGCACCAUUGACCUUUUGUAACCAUAUGGGAAACAUUGUAUUGAAAUGUUGACAUAAUAUGUAUGUCUUUAUAUGAUUGUAUUGUACUAGAUGAUUAACAACACAUGAUGAUGACCGCAUUUUGAGAGCUAAACAGGCUUUGUCCCAGACUCGCUUUCAACAUUCAGGUAUUCAUGAUUUAAUUUUGUGAACAUUGUAAACAGUUUUGAAUGCUAAUAGGUGGCAAUGUUGCAUGUGAAACAGAGGCUUAUGUGAAGAAUUCCAUUAUAUUAUAUAUAAAAAGA